GGUAUUGCUUCGCUGCUUCAGACAAUCGCGGCAGCAUUGUUUGCCACUUUAGUCACUAUAUUUGUGACCAUAAUUACACAGCUUCCAGAAGUAUAAGUUAGAUUACUCCUGUAACUCGCUUUCUAGGUUAUCAGUACCGAACAGACGACAUGGAAAUGGAGAAAAGAAUCAACUUAGAGCUUAGGAACAGGAAACCAGCUGAGGUGAAAGAGUUGGUUUUGGACAACUGUCGUUCUGAUGAUGGGAAGAUCAUAGGCCUCACUGCUGAAUUUCAGAACUUGGAAUUCCUUAGUAUGAUCAAUGUCAAUCUAGUCUCCCUCGAUAAUCUCCCUAAACUACCCAAGCUCCGAAAGCUGGAACUGAGUGACAACCGGAUCUCAGGCGGUCUUGAGGCUCUGGCGGAGCUUACACCCAGUGUCACACACCUCAACCUGAGCGGCAACAAGAUCAAAGACCUCAGUACCCUGGAGCCCCUGAAAAAGCUUAGCAUGCUAAGCAGCCUGGACCUGUUUAACUGUGAGGUCACCUUGCUGCUGGACUACAGAGAAAGUGUGCUGGAGCUACUUCCCCAGAUCACCUACCUGGAUGGCUUUGAUGCGGAUGACCAGGAGGCCCUGGACUCUGACCCUGAUGACCCUGAAGACGAUGAAGAUGAGCUGAGUGAAGAUGAAGAUGAAGGAGAUGGAGACCUGGAUGAGGAAGAGGUGGAAGUAAAUGGUGAUGAAGAGGAUGAUGAAGAAGAAGAUGACAGUGACGACGACGACGAUGUUGUUGAAGCUGAGGAUGAUGAUGAAGAUGAGGAAGAUGAUGAGGAAGGAGUGAAAACCAGUCGUGGGGAGAAGAGGAAGAGGGAAGAUGAUGGAGAGGACCAAGAGGAGGAUGAUGAUGAUGACGAUGAUGACAGCGAUGAUGGUGAUGACGAAGAAUGAGGUCCAUCAGUUGGACGCAGCCCCUCUGUAUAGAGACAUUGAUUCUUUUUCUCACCAAAGGGAUGAGGGGGCAGAGUAAAGAGCAGGGUAGACAUGAGCAGGUUUGUGGGGUGAGGAGGUUAGGCUGAAGGGAAGC